GCCAAUCAGCGCUGUGUUUGGUUUGUGUGCCGCGGUUUGCGGAGGAAGACAGCAGUGGGAAACGUUGCGUUGGAAUUACCACAUAAAUUGGAGCAUGAAGACCGAGUAGGUGGAUCUUGCAGUCAUGUUUUCUAAUCUGCACAUGCAGUAGAUUUUCCAUUGUGGUUUCCUGACGACUGCACUGCAAAAAUGCCAGAGUCCUCUCAGGUCAAGGACGCUCGUCGCUGCUCUGUUGAAUGUAGAACACCCCCUUUGAGGCAGUUCAGCCAGUUAUCGCUGCCACUCCACAGAAACUCCCACAGGCCCAGCACCUUCUGCACAGAGCAAAAUCUGCAGGAAUGUUUGUCGCACAUCAGUCAGGAGGUGUCAGUGCUGGGCCUCGCGCCCAUUUGGUCCGAGUCAGACAGCGACUCACAGCUGAAUGUUGUGGCUGUGCUGAAUUGCUUGUAUGACCUAAUUCAGUUGCACCACAGGAGCUUGAGAACACUGGAAAACAUGGAAAUGGAGCAUCUCAAACUCAGCAGCAAUGUGGAUUACCUGAAGAUCAAUAACACUCAUCUGAAGGAAGAGGUUGAACUAUCUAAGCGACAAAACACAGGACUUCUCGAAAGAGAACGACAGCUGCAGCUGAAAGUGAAGAGUUUGCAGAACUCCCUGAAAAAUGAAAAAGAAGAGGUGCAGAAACUCCAGAACAUAAUCUCGAGCCGCGCCUGUCAGUACAACCACGAAAUGAAAAGGAGGGAGAGAGAGUUUAGCAAACUGAGGGAGCGACUGAAUCAGCUCCUGACUGACAAAAAGGAGAGGAAACAAGCCAUUGAUGUAUUAAACAACAUUGGAAGAGCUGAUGGCAAGAGAAGCGUUUGGAAAACUGAAAAGACAGAGGCGAAGCAUGAGGGGGAGAUGUAUAGGACACUCUUGAGCGACUACGACAUGAGGCAGAGGGAGCUUGUUUUGGAAAAUGCAGAGCUGAGGACAGUGAUGCAGCAGAUGAAGAAAGAGAUGGUGUCCAUCCUGAAGUCAAGAAAACUGGCCCUGAAAGGAGAAAAGCAAGAACUUAAUGGCGUGCAGGCCAUCUCAGAUGAUGAAGACGAAGAGGUGUUUGACUCCAGUAAGGAAAGUUUGGAGCUGUAUUGCAUUCAUGCCAGGGAGAAGCUGACCAACAGUAUUCGCCUCCAGUGGAGAAGACUUAAGAGCCACGUUGAAAGACUGGACAGCCAAGUAUCUUUGACUCAGAUGUCUGAACCUAAAAAUGAUGAUGAGAGUCAUGAGGAGGAGAUGGACAGACUAAAGAUGGAGAUCCAGCAGUGCAAAGAAUUCAUUCAAACACAGCAGCAGCUCCUACAGAAGCAGCUGAGCUGUCCGUGUGAUGAAGACUCAGCAUUGCUGCAGAACAAUGGCUACAUGCUGCAGGAGAAGAAGCGUCUUGGUGAGGAAUGGACGAGCUUAGAGGAACAGAGAAAGAUCUUUGAGAGGGAGAGGAGAAACUUUACUGAAGCAGCCAUUAGACUGAGCCACGAGAGGAAGAUCUUCGAGGAGGAUCGGGCAACAUGGCUCAAACAGCAGUUUCUUUGUAUGAAUCCGUUUGGAAACUCAAAGCAGCCGCUUCUGCCAAAGUCUGCGAGCGCCUCAUUGAUAACAGCUGAAACAGAGGUUAGUCCACCGAAGGCUACAGAAACGCCCAACGAAUGGCAAUCAGACUUGGCCUCCCCGAUACCCAGAUCUGUCGCUCUCACAUCGUCUUCCAUAGCUGACUUGGAGUACCCGCUCUGUUUAAUUCCAGAAAAUGGUGUGUCUUGCAGCUCAUCAAAACACAGAAAAUCUGAACAUGUUGAGGAAUUGAGCCCGCUCUGUGAAAAUGUUCCCCUGCGGCGCAAACAGUGGAGGGAGAGCGGAGACCUCUGCAGCCAUUCCCUCACACAGGAGAAGAACAGCACCAUAUGAAGUUAUGGGCCCUUUGUAAUCUGAAUAAGGAUCUCCUAAUAUCCUGUGUUUUUGUACGGUCGCAGAAAAGUGUCUGAUGAAUGCAAACAGAGAAGACAGAGUAAAAUGAAGCCAAACAUGUUGUUUUAAUGCCUGGAACAAAAUUAAUUCAAAACAAUUUUUUAUACACUUAGUGUUUUAACAUUUUUAGAUAAAGUAUUUAUUUAUUUAUUCGUUUAUUUGGUAUUGAAAGGGUUAUUGAGAGUAAUACUUCUGUGUUUGAAACUAACAGGACUUUUAAUCUCUAAGCAGGUGUGGAUGAACAAAAAUAUGUACCUUUGAUAAGAUUGUUCUUAGUUGUUCUUAGCCUUUAUUAUUGGAUCAUUUUGCCUAAAACAGGACUUCCUCAUUAGAGCUUGUCAAGAAACGGUAGUUUGUUUUCUGACCAAGUUUUACAAUGUAGGGGUAAAGGGGCUAUUUAUCCCAUAGCAAUAAGGAUGUAGCACAAAUAGAAUAAACAAUCUAUCAUUCCUUAGUUUUAAUAUUAUGUUCAUUACAAUGUGAAUUGCUUUUUUUUUUUUUUUUAUGUGUAAGAAGGUGUAAAUUCUGUAAAAGAACAUGACGUGUUAGAUUUAAACCGCUUCAGUGUUUGUUUGAUUGUAAACGUGUUGGUUUGUUACAGUUACAGUAACUCGCAAAUGUGAAAUCACAGACUUUUUACUUAAAUAAUCAAUACAGGGUUUUAAACAGGUCAAUGGGUGUCAAAUCCGUUCCUGAGCUGGUUUCUGAUUUUUCACAUGCAGUGUCUGUCUUUGUCCUUCAGGUGGGGCUGGUGUGCAUUGUGAGAAGGAUACAUUUAAACACAUGAUGGCCAUCUUUUUAGAUCUGUUUAAAAUACUCUAGACCAGAGGUGUCCAAACUUAAAUCAAAAGUACUUGCGGACUAAAAAAGUAUAAUAACUAAAAACAACCCUAAAAUUAUCCAUCCUGUUUUCAAAUUCUUUUGGGCUUGACUGAAAGGAACACUUUAGUCUAUCUGUUCUCAGCACUAAGAGUAGGAUUUGGGUUACUCUUUCUCUGAAAAUGCUAGUUGUAUUUAGCCAAGUUUAGAACAUUUAUCAAAACCAGAUUUAAGUAAAAGUUACUGGAAUGUUGUGGAGAAAAAGUGUGGUUAUUAAAGGCAUACUUUGUGUUGUACCCAACAUUUUACACUGUAAGAGCAUUUUAAUUUAUCACUCAUAAUUAAACCAUAAUUAAAAAGUAAAAGCUG